AUGACUACAGCCCUCAUCUCUCCGAGACGCAUUCUCGUCCGCGCGCUCCAGAUCGUGUGCCCGAUCAUCGCGAUGAUCUUCCUGUCGCUCGGAUCGAUCGAGUUCUCGUCGGGCCAACUCAGCAGCGGGUCGGCCAUCUUCUCCAACAUCGCGUGCUACUCGGCUGCGGUGUGCGGCUUCUACUACGUCGUGGCUCUGGGAGUGUUCAAGCUCACGUCGAGCGUGCCCAAGGUGCUGUACCAGCGCCUCGUGGACGCUGUGUUGGCCAUCGCACUGCUGGUCGCGGGUAUCGUGCACUCGACCUCGACGCUCGUCAAGGACUGCUCGUCGUAUAACACCAUGUUCGAGACCUACCACGGCUCCGCGCUGUUCCGCUGUGGUGACAUCACCGUGUCCAUCGUGCUCACGUUCGUCACCUGCGCUUUGUUCCUGGUGACGUUGGUCUGGAGCUUCGCCCGUGACAGCUGCAAGUCGGUCAAGGGCGACAACCCGGAGACGGCUCUGGCCCAAGAGGAGGCGAACGCGGCCAUCAACGGCUACGAAGGAGCAGUGACCCCGGGCAAGAAGGCGCUCGGUGAUGAGGUUUCGGAGCAGGUGGACCUGCAGCACCCGGUGCUCAAGCUCACGCGCCGCUGCGUGCUAUUGCUGCAGUUCGCGUGCUGCUUGGUGGCCUUCAUCCUCUUCGUGGCGAGCUACAAGCCGUACUACUCGGGCCAGUACGUGAGCCCCGCCGCCACGUACGUCAUCCUGAUGAGCUACAGCGGCUGGCUGUACGCCCUGUGGCACACGGUGGCCGUGGAGACGUUGAAGCUGUCUCGCCGUCCGAAGGUGGGCGUCGAGCGUCUGAUGGAUCUGCUGGUGGCAGUUCUGCUGCUCGUGGCUGGGAUCAUCUUUGCGGUCUCGUCACAGGUGACGGACUGCGACGACACGAACGCGAUGCUGGAGACGUACCACCUCGGCACCAAGCUCUACCGAUGCGGCAGCAUGGACGGCGGCUACAUCUUUGCCUUCGUGGCGGUGGCCCUAUAUGUGAUCACGUUCGCUCUGAGCUUCCUGUACCGCUCGGCUCCUAGCAACUCGACGAAUGAGACGACGGAGGUGGAUCAGCAAGUGUAA